UGUCUCAAAUAUUACGUGGGCCCCAAAUAAUGAAUCAGGGAAUUGAUGCGUCCCUAAAUCCAAGCCCAAGUAUCGUAAUGCUGCUGCUUGUAAUCUCGAACCGGGCAAUAAUGGCGGCAGGAGCGGCAGCUACGUUAUCCCCAUUGAUCCACCUCACGACCCUCCACUCCUCGUUCUCACCUUCUGCAAAUUUCUCGUUCCCUCACCACGCUCUUUAUCUACACCACCGCACCCCUCGCAUAAAGCCCAUAAUCAGCAUUUGUCACAGCAAGUUGAACAGUUCAAUCGGCGAAGAAGCGGAUGAGAUUGAUGAAGCUUUCUUCGAAAUCGAUGAUAUGGCCGAGGAGGAGAGCGACGGGGAAGAUACAGAAAGCAGCCUUGAUUUGUUAAUCAGGUUCUUGCAAAGCAUGUUGAAAAAGGUCUCCAAGCGUGCCAAGAAGGCCUCCCGCUCCGUUUUGCCAGCCAUAAUACCUCCCCAGCUGGUAUCUUUUGCAGUUGAUGGCAUUCUGCUCUUGGGUUCACUAUCUAUUCUGAAAGCACUUCUUGAGGUGGUCUGCACCCUUGGAAGCACUGUGUUCACGGUGAUCUUGCUCCUGCGUGUUAUAUGGGCAGUUGUUUCUUAUUUCCAAUCAAGUGGGAGCAGCUUUAACCACGGUGGAAGUUCCUUUGGAGCAACACAGCCUGUUACAUAAUUUUGACUAUUUGUUGGGGAGCUCUUUACCGAAUUUCCUCCAGAAUAUCACUCUUUCUCCUCCUUUGGUCUUCUAUAUAGCUACAUGACUACUAGAUUACUUUUCUUUUUUGUGGCUUUAAGUUGUGUAGAUAUAAAUAGGCAAUAUAAAUAUGCUUAGGAAGUAAUUCAAACUGCAUACUAUUUGAUUUAUUAACUGAACAGUCUAAAUGGUUCAUCUACCCUGUUGGAGAUAGAUGUACGCUAAUGUGAUGAUUUCUCCACUUCCAAAUAUAUGACAUAAAAUUUUGUACUCGGAUUGUAUCUCUGACCUUUACAUGCUUUCACUUCACCCCUUUUAACUGAUUUUGGGCAUUUUAUCAGUUCUGCUGGUAACAAUGAAAUGACCAAGGAUGCUCUUGGCAAUGGAAGAACCCUAGUGUUGGUGUCACACUCGAGCAAACACUUUGUUCAGAGAUUGACUGUGGCAAGAAGAGAAGGGGAGACAGAAAGGGUAAGUCUCUGUCAUUAUAAAACCGAUUAUGUAUAAACUAAAUUGAAAACUAAAUUCAUUUUAUCGUUUGAGUGCAAUAUAUUGAUUUGCAAUCCAUUCAACUUUAGUUUUUAGCAUCCA